AUGAAGUCCCUACACUCUCAUGUCACAACUAGUUCUACAAAACGGCAGAUGCCGGAUCAGCUGAACAAAAGCUGCAACAAACAAGCUCCAACUGGAGUGCGGUAUAUCACCAACAAACAAGCUCUAAUUGGAGUGCAGUAUAUCACCAACAAACAAGCUCCAAUUGGAGUGCGGUAUAUCACCAACAAACAAGCUCCAACUGGAGUGCAGUAUAUCACCAACAAACAAGCUCCAACUGGAGUGCAGUAUAUCACCAACAAACAAGCUCCAACUGGAGUGCGGUAUAUCGCCAACAAACAAGCUCCAACAGGAGUUCGGUAUAUCACCAACAAACAAGCUCCAACUGGAGUGCAGUAUAUCACCAACAAACAAGCUCUAAUUGGAGUGCGGUAUAUCGCCAACAAACAAGCUCCAAUUGGAGUGCGGUAUAUCACCAACAAACAAGCUCCAACUGGAGUGCGGUAUAUCGCCAACAAACAAUCUCUAAUUGGAGUGCGGUAUAUCGCCAACAAACAAGCUCCAAUUGGAGUGCAGUAUAUCGCCAACAAACAAGCUCCAAUUGGAGUGCGGUAUAUCACCAACAAACAAGCUCCAACUGGAGUGCGGUAUAUCACCAACAAACAAGCUCUAAUUGGAGUGCAGUAUAUCGCCAACAAACAAGCUCCAAUUGGAGUGCGGUAUAUCGCCAACAAACAAGCUCCAAUUGGAGUGCGGUAUAUCACCAACAAACAAGCUCCAAUUGGAGUGCAGUAUAUCGCCAACAAACAAGCUCCAAUUGGAGUGCAGUAUAUCGCCAACAAUCAAGCUCCAAUUGGAGUGCGGUAUAUCGCCAACAAACAAGCUCCAAUUGGAGUGCAGUAUAUCGCCAACAAACAAGCUCUAAUUGGAGUGCGGUAUAUCACCAACAAACAAGCUCCAAUUGGAGUGCAGUAUAUCGCCAACAAACAAGCUCCAAUUGGAGUGCAGUAUAUCGCCAACAAUCAAGCUCUAAUUGGAGUGCGGUUGAUCACCAACAAACAAGCUCCAAUUGGAGUGCAGUAUAUCGCCAACAAACAAGCUCCAAUUGGAGUGCAGUAUAUCGCCAACAAACAAGCUCCAAUUGGAGUGCAGUAUAUCACCAACAAACAAGCUCCAAUUGGAGUGCGGUAUAUCGCCAACAAACAAGCUCCAACUGGAGUGCGGCAUAUCGCCAACAAACAAGCUCCAACUGGAAUGCGGCAUAUCGCCAACAAACAAGCUCCAACUGGAGUGCGGCAUAUCGCCAACAAACAAGCUCCAAUUGGAGUGCGGUAUAUCGCCAACAAACAAGCUCCAAUUGGAGUGCAGUACAUCACCAACAAACAAGCUCCAAUUGGAGUGCGGUAUAUCGCCAACAAACAAGCUCUAAUUGGAGUGCGGUAUAUCGCCAACAAACAAGCUCCAACUGGAGUGCGGUAUAUCACCAACAAACAAGCUCCAAUUGGAGUGCGGUAUAUCGCCAACAAACAAGCUCCAAUUGGAGUGCGGUAUAUCACCAACAAUUCUCACGGAAGGUGUUGA